UUUGGUUAUUAUACUGUAGUGGUUGGUUUUUUGCUAUCCUUUACUUUAUGCAAUUCAAUCAGAAACUUUCCUUGUUUCUGCUAUUAGAUUGGAAAGAUUGUAAGGAAGCUUCGAAGAACAUUACUUGGAAAGAAAGCGAUUAUAUUUUGUUCCCGAUGAGCGAUAGUGACUCAUUGUAUAGUCCUAAUACUCCUUUGACUGGUUCGCACUGGACACUUUUGGCUUUUAUUCCUAGCAAAAAGCACUUCAUGGAAUAUGAUUCAUUACAUAAGGCACCUUCCAAAAAUGCCAAAGCUUUCGCGGAUAAACUGUUAACGCUAUUAGACCUGGAUUCUAAUACUUGUACAUAUUCUGUGGAAACCGUUCCAACACAAACCAAUAAUUAUGACUGUGGUAUUUACGUUUUACAAAUCAUGGUAAGGCACAAACUUUUCAGUUGAAAACUUAUUUCGAAGACCUCAUUGUCUCUCAGGAACUCUUCGUACAAUUCUCUGGUCCUCCAUCUACUUCGUGUUUGUAUCGAAGCCUAAGUUCUAACCAACUCCUUGAAAAAAGAAAAGAAAUCAAGCAACUCAUUU